GUGGCUCCCGUGACGUCACGACGCGACCCCGCUCAGCCCACAGUCACAUGAGACGCUUCUUUCGCUAAAUGUUGUUUUGUUUCUGCUCGUUUCUCCGGGUUCUCCUCUGAAUUCUGCCUCGAGUGAGAGCGACGCAGCGUCGGGAACAGUCGUGGGCCCAUCAUGGAUGAAGACGGGCUCCCCAUCGUGGGCUCCGGAGUGGAUCUCACCAAGGUUCCUGCCAUCCAACAGAGAAGAAUAGUUGCCUACCUCAAUCAGUUUGUUGUGCAUACGGUUCGAUUCCUGAACCGCUUCUCCACAGUGUGCGAAGAGAAACUUGCAAACAUAUCUCUUCGCAUCCAGCAGAUUGAAACCACUCUGUGUAUUUUGGAAGCCAAGCUGUCCUCCAUUCCUGGACUGGAGGAGGUCACAAUCGACGGAAUCAGUCAGCAGCAGCAAACUGCACAGGCUAACGGACCGACUGCUGCCAGUCAGAGCCAAGCAGGUGGCCCGCCAGCAGAGACGCUGCCCCCCCCAGAGCCCACUCAGACUGUGCGAGAAGCCGCACCCAUGCAGAAAACAGAUGCAGAAGUAGCUGCAGAAAAUGUCAUGACAGUGGCGAAGGACCCACGUUACGCCCGAUACCUGAAAAUGGUUCAAGUGGGUGUUCCAGUUAUGGCCAUAAGGAACAAAAUGGUCCUGGAGGGUUUAGAUUCCAACUUGCUUGACACGCCGGACGCCCCGGUGCCCGACGGUGGAACGAGGAGCACAGAUGAUCAAGACGCUGCUGCCACCAGCUCCGACAGCGAAUCAUCUUUCAGCGACUGACAUCCUCCUCUACGUCCUCCUCACUGCAAAGCUUCCCUGCGAAGGCCUCUUCCAUCGCCGUGUGAGGUUCAGGCCUGCGCUCGGACGAGGAUACAGAAGGUGCAGAUGUCGGUGCCUGGAAAUGUGUCCAGAGUGAUUGUAAUUUCAGUCUGAAUGAACUGGAAGGGUUCGGUCGUUGGUCAGUAAGACCUUCUCGAUACGUGGUUUGAUUCGUCAUUAGCAUUUUUGAUUAACAAUUGUUUUCAAAUAAGAGAGAAUAAUUUCCCUCUUUGAUAAAAAACCCUGUAGUCCUAGUAGCAAGUAGUUUUUCAAGGAGUAGUUGUACUGCAGGUUUUCUCAUACUGACGUCACUCGUCACCUGACAGCUCUUGUUCUUUAUGUUACAGGGUCCAGAUCAAAUUUAAAAACACAUGUUGGAUAUUUGAGUGAUUACAGGAGACAUAUUCUGCUCAUAUUCAUGCUCUAAUGCUCAGAAAACCACAUCACUGCCCAUUUCGUCCUUUUACUUUUUUUAACUUUGCAGAACGUUUACAAAAACAAAAACCCAUUCUAACGCACAAGAGGAAGAAAAAAAGCAUCCGAUGUCUCUUUUAAACUUUGUAUUGUGAAUCUCUGAGUUAAUGUCAGGGAGAGAAAAACUCACAAUAAUGUUCCAGUAUCAAUCUUCUGUUAUCGAAAAACCUGCUCGGUAAGUUUUGGUUUGGCAUCAGUCACAUCAGCAUUUUUGUCUGGAAUCACGACUGCUCGCAAACACUUGAUUCUCUAAACCAGUGCAUGAGCAGCAAGUAACCAAACAAUUCAUUUCUCACCCCAGCACACAGAAGAAUAAUGUGUUUCAAGUGUUAUACCCUUAUUUACUGCAGCAUAGAAAGUGACCAUGUUGAAAAAGAGCUCCACAACUAACAUGUUGCCCUUGAAAUGCCUCUCGAGCCAGGAAUGGGUUUACUGCACACUGACCUUUACUGAGUGACAACAGCGUCUGUCAGAAAAUGUAAACAAAAUUCUUCUUGUGUUUGACUCACAGCAUUUCUCGUAGCUUGUGUACAAAUGAUCGGAAAUGUAGAGAAAGUGCCAAGAAUGUUUUAGCACUAAAUACUUUUAUUGUCUUUUGAUAAGAUUUCUAUGAAUGGACAUUACACUAUAGUGUAGAAAAAGCACUUUGGUUACAAGAGAAAGAAUCGUUGCAUCUGUGAUUAAACACUCAUACAAUUUGAAGUGCAUCAUUUCUCUUACUAUUAUCUUAUUAUUCAGCUCAACAGGACAUAAUGAUAUGUGCAGUAUAUUAUGUCACAA